UAAAGCGUAUUGUAAUCACCCAGCAUGCCAAAAAUCAGUGCGGGUGAGAAGGCGCUCAAUGAGCUGGGCUACAAGCUGGGUCAGACCUUAGGGGAGGGCAGUUUCUCAAAGGUGAAAGCAGCCACCUCUACCAAACACAAAGUCCCCCUGGCCAUUAAGGUGGUGGAUAGGCGACAAGCCCCCCCAGCCUUCGUGUACAAAUUCCUGCCCCGGGAGCUUUCCAUUCUACGCAGGAUCCGUCACCCCAACAUCGUGCACAUCUUUGAGCUCAUCGAGGUGUGCGACGGGAAGCUCUACAUCGUGAUGGAGGCGGCAGCCACCGACCUUCUGCAGCUGGUGCAGAAAAUGGGCAAGAUGCCCUGUGUCCCUGAAGCCCGGGACAUCUUUGCACAGGUUGUGGGGGCUGUGCGCUACCUGCACGAUCGCAAUCUGGUGCACAGGGACCUGAAGUGUGAGAAUGUGCUGCUGACUGCCGACAGCCGCCGGGCCAAACUCACCGACUUUGGCUUCAGCAAGGAGGUCAAUGUCUACCCGGACCUGUGCACCACGUUCUGCGGCUCAGCAGCCUAUGCUUCCCCGGAGGUGCUGAUGGGCGUCCCGUACGAUGGCAAGAAAUCCGACAUGUGGAGCCUGGGGGUGAUGUUUUUUGUCAUGGUGACCGGCCGCAUGCCCUUCAACGACACCAACGUCCGCAGCCUACCCCAGCAGCAGAAGAAGGGGGUCCUGUACCCAGAGGGAACACCCCCAUUGCCAGGGCACUGCCAGGCCCUCAUCGCCCAGCUACUGAACUUCAAUGCAGAGCGCCGGCCUGGCGCGGGGCAGGUGGCCAAGAACUGCUGGCUGAAAGGAGACAUCUGAGGGACAAUCCUUGCCGGAGACCCCAGCGUGGCAGUCACAUUUUAGCACAAUAAAUACUGUAGAAGAAAAGCACAUUAGCAGUUUCUCGAUCGUUUUGGGUGGCAGAAUGUGAGUGGGAUUGAACUUAAACUGCUGGCGAGACAGUGUGGUGGUCAAUAACGUGGGCAGAGAAGGUAGUCAAACCCCUCCACAAAGGAGAUAAAUGUGCCUGCUGUGGGGUUGGCUUUAAGCCCUGGUGACUGUUGAGUGAAGGGUUAGAGAGCAGCAUAAGGCUGCUUAUGCCAGAGUUGGCUAUUUGGUCACACGGGGUCGGGUGCAAGCUCUACCAGCAGCCUUGGUUACCACCAAACUGUGAUUGAGCUUUAGAUCACACAGAAAUGUCCAAAAACCCAAGUUUAGAGUAGAAUCCUUGAAGACGACUCAAUAGCAUUACCAAGCCAAAAGUUUUGGUGUGUCUUCAACCAAAGUCUUGCAGAUACUGAUUCUUGCCAGCAUUUGAAAUCUCUGCCAAGAAAAAGCUGAUGAGAAGGAAAUGCAACUGGCAAUGGGGAACACUGAAAUGGGAAAUG